AUGAUGCGAGGGCUGACGGAGACAUUGUUCAGAAUGCUGAGGGCGCUUCGGCUAGCACCUUUACAGAUGCCAUCAAAAAAGCAGUGUCUAGACGAAACCGAUUUUAAUAGACUGAUUAGUUACUGUCCCGACCUGGAGUCGUUAGAACUGGAAAAUGGGUACCAGAUCACCAACAGGUCUACGAUCCAUCUGCUUGUUACCUGUCCAAAACUCGCUCAUUUUGUGUUUGCUUCAACUUGGAUGCCUGGAUGGAUCGAUGCGCUGGAUAUGGGGUACGGCGAGAACUUGCAUUCAAUCAAGAUUUAUGAAAAGCAAUCAAAACAUGAAUAUUCCUGCUCUGAGCAGGACUUUCAGCUGGACGACUUCUCAUUCCAUCCCUUCGUCCUUCGGAAGCUGGAAUCGAUCAGUUUGGAGAGCGGUUGUAGCGAAUAUGUGGAGGCACACUUCUCAAGACCACAACUCCCCGCCCUCCGAUCUCUCCGAAUCCUUCAUCCCUCCAACGCUGUUCUCUAUAUCCUAUCCCAACGUCUUGCUGCGCAGUUGACCAUAUUCAAGACGAAGCUGAACGAGCGGACUGAUCCAAAGAUAUACAGGGCGUUCUCUCGCAAGACAACUUCACUGCAGUCGCUCGAUUGCAGUCCCAACCCGGUAAUGGGUCUUCUGGGCCGCAACAUCACGACCCUCUCUGCCAACAGCUCUCUUCGGCUUUUGGACAGUAUUGCAGAGCUCUGCCCGAACCUCGAGAGCCUGACGCUCUGGGGCGGGAGUAUUUCCAGGGAUCCAUGUCACCGUAUCCGGUCGGAUCCACAGAUGGGGAUGAUCUACGUGAUUGAGAUGUGUCCGAUUAAGCGGGUACGACUCGUGAACGCGUACCUGGGUCUCGGCUCACAAUUUUGGCAGACGUGUGGCGAGUUUGGGAAGGGGCUGGAAAUUUUGGAUAUUGAGUUGCUGGAUUGUAAGGGGAUGAACUCGUGGGGCAUGUUUGAGGGAUUGAGGGAUUGUGAGAGGUUACAGUGGUUACGGUUGACCGAAUUACUGGGCGUUCGAAAAGAGGUGAUUAUAUCAUGUCUGGAGGAUUUGAAGCGAUUGUGCGCGUUGUAUCUGAGCAUCCCUGAUAUGGAGACUGGAUGUUUCUCGAUAUCGAUGGAGGAGAUCGUAUCGCUACUGUCGUCCUUCCGCGAGCUGUCCGAGGUUCAUCUGAUAGUGCCCAAACCAUGCCCUAAUUCAGCGACGACGACACCUCGGAGUUCUUUGGAUAUGGGUGAACAGGAGAAGAAACAGUGUUUUAAACUGCCGUUGGCUCGUGCGGAACCGACCAUGGUGUUCAAGAACGCAUUCAACCAGAAUAUUUAUGGGCGAGUCGAAUGGUCUGUGCCCGGCCUUGGAUACUACUAA